AAUGGAGUUGCAGGUCGGCGGUUCCGGAGCUCUCCACCCUGCGUCUAGUCCUCUGCCCACACAGGCCUCCUUUCCUGGGUGGGAGGACCUUGACUGUGUGCGGGGUCGAGAUGCUGGGUGCCCUAGACUCUGGCGAGGCUUCCUGCCACACCUCUGGAUGAGGGUGUGUCACCAUGGAGACGAGGCCGCUGCCAUUGGCUGGCGCCUCCGGCCGGGGCUAUAAAGCCGGGCCCGGAGCACCGUGCACUAAUAGCGUCAGCCAGACUCAGGCUGUGUCGCCCUCGGAGCGGAAAGGGCAGGAUCUCGGCGCGGCCGUCGGUGACACCAUGGAGAACAACGAAUUCUCUUACGAAGAUUAUCAGAGCACCGCUCAGUGGCUUCGGUCCCACACUACACAUCGACCUCAAGUGGCGGUGAUCUGUGGUUCUGGGUUAGGAGGUCUGACUGCUAAGUUAACUGAGGCCCAGGUCUUUGAGUACAGUGAGAUACCCAACUUUCCCAAAAGCACAGUGCAGGGUCACGCUGGCCGCCUGGUGUUUGGAUUCCUGAAUGGCAGAGCCUGUGUGAUGAUGCAGGGCAGGUUCCACACCUACGAAGGUUACUCACUGUCUAAGGUGACAUUCCCAGUGAGGGUUUUCCAUCUUCUGGGUGUGGACACACUGGUAGUCACCAAUGCAGCUGGAGGCCUCAACCCCAGCUUUGAAGUUGGAGACAUCAUGUUGAUCCGGGAUCACAUAAACCUACCUGGUUUCUCUGGCCAAAACCCUCUCCGCGGCCCCAACGAUGAAAGGUUUGGCGUCCGUUUCCCUGCCAUGUCUGAUGCUUAUGACCGGAAUAUGAGGCAGAAGGCUUUGAACGCCUGGAAACAAAUGGGGGAGCAGCGGGAAUUACAGGAAGGCACCUACGUGAUGCUGGCGGGUCCCAACUUCGAGACUGUGGCGGAGAGCCGCUUGCUGAGGAUGCUGGGAGCAGAUGCUGUUGGCAUGAGCACGGUUCCAGAAGUCAUCGUCGCCCGGCAUUGUGGGCUUCGCGUCUUCGGUUUCUCACUCAUUACUAACAAGGUCGUCAUGGAUUAUGCAAACCUGGAGAAGGCCAAUCACAAGGAAGUCUUAGAGGCUGGGAAAGCAGCCGCACAGAAACUGGAGCAGUUCGUCUGGAUCCUCAUGGAGAGCAUUCCACCCCGCGAGCACUCUGCCAGCUGACUGGAGUCCACGUAGCUGCCUACCUUGGUCCCUUGCUGGGGUCACUAUUCUCUGCUCUUAGAUUAUUGCAGAAAGGAAAGAGGAGGAUUCCUGCCCUUCACCUCCCCCUUGCUCUUCUUCCACCCUUCUGAUGUCUGUCCCUCUUGCUCAGCUGCCUUCUCAAAACAGUCCACCUGCCAGUCCUGGGACAGCUGCAGCCCAUGCCCACCACACUUGGGGUGUGUGUAAGACAGUACCUUCCAGUCCUGGAGACCAUACUCGUGCUCGUCUGGGCCAGUCUGGCUCCCCUAAAGAGACCAACCCAAUACCUCUUGGAUUUUAUUUAGCACCAUAAUGUUUUGAGAAUAAAGAGAUCAAGUACUUU